AUGUAUGAAAGGUUGACUAUGCUGAACCUGCAGAGCAGCUCGAACUGGAGCGGGCCCAACAACUGGUACCACGACCCUGCCGCCGUACAAACGCAGCACAGAGCAGUGUCGGAGGGCUGCCUGCUGGACGCCGACGGCAGUGUGGGGGUGGAGGCCGGAGGAGGAGGCGGCGGCGGCAGAGGAAGAGGAGGAGUGGUGGAGAGGGAGGAAGGAGAGGACUCUCAGCUCCGGCUGCAGCUGAAGAGGAAGCUUCAGAGGAACCGGACCAGCUUCACGCAGGACCAGAUCGAAGCUCUAGAGAAAGAGUUUGAAAGAACACAUUACCCGGAUGUCUUCGCAAGGGAGAGACUGGCGAACAAAAUCGAUCUACCAGAGGCCAGGAUACAGGUGUGGUUCUCAAACCGCAGAGCCAAGUGGAGGAGGGAGGAGAAGUUGCGCAACCAAAGACGGUCAGGGGGCGGGACUUCCUGUUCGCAGACCCAGGCCCCCUUAACCACUUCCUUCAACACAACAUCUGUCUACCAUCAACAGCAGCACCAUGGCAGCAGCUCAGGCUCCAUGUUGAGUCAGACUGACUCGUCCCUGCCCAGCUACAACUCUCUGUCUGUCUUCUCUUCUGGGGUCCAGGCCAUCCCUUCUCAGUCUGCCUCCUCCUAUUCCUGCAUGCUGCCCCCCUCCCCGUCCUCCUCACGGAGCUAUGACUCCUCUGCGUACUCCUCCCCUCACCUGCAGACUCCGCCCUCGGCCAGCGCCAACACAGGCCUCAUAUCCCCCGGAGUCUCGGUACCUGUGCAGGUUCCUGGUUCAGACCAGCAGGGCCUAGGUCAGAGUCUGGGUCAGUACUGGCCCAGACUACAAUGA